AUGGCGAGACCGGGGUAUCGGGAUCGCUACAGAGCGGACCAUGAUUCUGCUGGGCUGCAAAGUAUCCCAAACAUCAACAGCAUCUCCAGACUCGAAGGCGACGGGGAGUUUGUCUUCACCUACGGUCACCCGCAGCUCGGGACCUCAUAUGUUCUGGAGGUACGCGUAGUCCCGCAAGAAUACUCUCGUUACCCAUCCGAGCACUUCUUUCUUGUUUUUGCCUGCAACCAAGACAUACCCUCCACCAUCUCAAAGACACUUGAGGACUUCAUGACACUAUCCAGUGGCCUCCGAGUUCAGGAAGCACUUCGUGUACUUUCACAAAACAUCACUACAUCAAUCGUGGACGAAGGGAGAACAGGAAGCGUCAUCGAUGAAGACAACGACACCGUCAUGACAGACAUGGAAGACGAGGGCUUUGGUAGCAAUGAAGAUGAUGAAGAAUUUGAAAAUUUCGACUUCGGCGACGAAGAUGCCAGUCACGAUGAUGCUAUCUUUGGCUUGGGCAACGACAACAAACAUUCAACUUCGAUGGCCGGCGUUAAAACAGACCCAGAAGUCCUGCGCCGCAUUCGCAGAGACUUCCGCGCCGUUCGCAAGGCAGGCUUCAAAGUGGGCCGAAUAUGUGGCUUCGAUGAGCAAAAUGAGAACCAUAUCGUCUCGAUUUCGGUCCGCGUGGAUAAACUCUGCCUCUCCGAUGAAACUCGCGAGGCCUGGAAUCUUAGGCCAGAGGAGUUUAUCGUCCUUCUCAUCAAGUACAGCGGUGACUAUGCAAACUUCGACGAGGUCAUAGAUCGAGCGGCAGGCGCGUCAAACCUCGACUUUUGCCUGCGUAAAAGUACCAAAUACAAGCCAACAGUACGUCAAGCAACCAGCGCAUUCGUGUCUGGAAAGGACAAGGACUCCGAAAAUCCAGCCAACGCCGCAAGUCAGAUUGUCGAUGAUGAUGAAGAUCUCAACCUGCUCGCCAUUGGCAAGUCAAUCGACACUUUCAUGAGGAGUGAUUUUGUCUCCAUGCUCAAGCUUCGCUGGACCAAGGGCUUGACAUGGGAUUCUGCCAAGAGAGAGCUUGUGCGUUUGGAGAGAUCAAUGGACUCCGCGCCGCAGAAUAACAUCGACGUUCCAAUGCUCCAGAAUGCGAAUGGCGCUGAUGAAAAGAGCAAUGAAGCGAAACUGCCUGCCUUCCUUGCAAAAGAGUACCUCGUGCAACACACAGAGAUAUCAUUGCCCGUGGUUGCUGCGCAAUUUGCCAUGCGUUUCUUUGUCAGGUGCACGGAUUAUUGCAUGGUCUGUCACCAGAAAGUGGAAGGCAACUUUGAGGCCCUGAAACCAUAUGUAUGCGGAGACUCCCUAUGCCUGUUCCAAUACAUGGCGAUGGGCUUUGGCCCCAGCAUCGACCUUGAGGUCAUCAACCAUCCCAAUGUGGUCGAUCUGCUCAUUAGCUUCUGCUACGCUGGGCUUCAAAAGGUGCUCUUCCAUUCACAAGGCAACCCAGCCGCGCCAGCUCCGACCAACGCCUUUCGAGAAUUCCCGACCGGGCUCAACCUACAGGUCCCUAGAAUUGUCCCUCAAGGAUACCCAGUCGCCGCUGAGCGUUUCGAAAAGGCGGAGCAAAUAGCAAACGCAAUGCUCCUGGAUCCGAUAUCAGUUCAAUUUGACUGGAGUUGUUCCACUGUUAAGCUCACGUAUGCGAACGAUGCCGACAGACUCAGGGCAGGUAUGUGGGUUGUUGUCGUAGCGAAACCACUGGGCAAGGGACCUUCUCCAAGCUUGGACGUCUUACACCACGGGCGUAUUGAAGCCAUCUGCGGGCGAAAGGUGGAUUUGCACAUCGCGUCGAGUCACACAUUACCCCCUUCAGGCCGGACUAUGGAUGAUCUACCGGCAACUGGGGACGGCACAUCACAGUGUCAUAUGGUCCUUUAUGAUCAGAACCUGGAUGACCUCACCAGCCAUGGGAAAGCAUUCGCGAUGGCGCUACUUCUGUCAGCCACGCCUCCCGUAGCAUCGAUGAGAACACACAUCACCGAGAAUCGGAACCGCCAACUCGAUCGUUGGAGCCAGCUCGUGCCUUCCGCUGCCAAGCUGCUACGGUGGAUUGUCGCCUCCAAUCGGUCUUUCAUAGUCCAGGUUGAUGAUCUCUCAACGGACGACGACACUGGUUUGGCACGUCCGAAUGAGAGAAUAUCUGGUGUUGACGGCUGGCUGCAGUUCCGCUUUGCACAAGGGUCCCCUGAAAAGGAGGUGCGGUUCCAAGAGGAGCUGAAGACCGUACAGAAGCCUCAGAAGACAAUUCUCGCCUGGCAUGGAAGUGAUGUCUGCAACUGGCACAGUAUCAUACGCCAAGGACUUGACUUCAAGGUAGUCGCCAAUGGCAGAGCUUACGGUGAUGGAGUCUACUUUGGACGAGACUUCGCUACAAGCCUUGGCUAUUCUGGUCUUCGCGGCAUGGGCAAUCCUAACGGAGCCAACAUCUUACCACUUACCAUAUGGCCAAAUUCAUCGCUGAAGAUCACAUCAGCGCUCAGUCUGAAUGAGAUUGUGAACAAGCCUCAUGAGUUCAAGACAAACGUACAGUUCUGUUACGUAGUCCAGCAUGUCCAUUGGAUUCAAUGCCGCUAUCUCUUUGUCAAGCCGGAUCCUUCAAUAGCCUCUACCCUCAUGGGGUCAAUGUCAAAAGGCACCUCGAAUAUCAUGUCGAGUGAAUUCGAGCAAGACCCCCAACACAUAGCAACUGGUCCUAGCGGUACAAAGCUGUGCGUACCUAGGGUCGCAAUACCUUCUGCCCAAGAGCACACUGUGGAGAAACCGCUGUCUUCUCUGAAAAGACACGCGAUGGGACAUUCAGGAGACAGCGACGAUGAGGAUGCCGAUGACAUCAGCUUUCUGCUCUCUGAUGACGAAGCACCAGAAGGAGACACCCGAAAAAGGCUGCGUCUGGAUACAUCUACUGCAUCGGACAUUAUCGAACUGAGCAUCGUGCAAACCGACAAGACCGACUUUCGACCUGGCACUCUGGAUCUGACAUCACUCCCACAACUCGCACCGCCUUCAUAUGCGACGUCUCAAGCACAGAAGACUAUCGGCCAAGAAAUCAAGAAAUUACAAAAGAUCCAGGCAAGCACGCCACUGCAUGAGCUGGGUUGGUACAUCGACUUUGAGAACAUGACCAACAUGUUCCACUGGAUCGCUGAGCUGCACUCCUUUGAUGGUUCUCUUCCUUUGGCUCAGGACAUGAAGAAGGCAGCCGUCACCAGUAUUGUCCUGGAAAUUCGGUUCGGUCGCGAUUUUCCCAUGUCGCCGCCAUUCGUGCGUGUCAUACGCCCUCGCUUCCUUCCCUUCAUGCACGGCGGAGGUGGCCACGUCACCGCUGGAGGCGCCAUGUGCAUGGAGCUCCUGACGACUUCAGGCUGGACUCCGGUAAAUAGCUUGGAAAGUGUGUUGCUACAGGUGCGCAUGGCUAUGUGCAGUCUUGAGCCUCAUCCCGCCCGGCUCGAGUCUACCAACCAAGCUCACCGAGCGGACUAUACUAUCGGAGAGGCUUUCGACGCGUAUACUCGCGCUGCGACUGGCCAUGGUUGGGUCGUGCCGAAGGACUUGCAGGAGGCUGUCACUGCUAUGAUGGCUCGAGUGCCGAACGAGACGAAGUGA